CCAAACGAACCGGCGUCUCCGCUGAUUCUGAGCGUAACCUAUAGCUGCAAAUUAUUCGCCAUUCCAUUUUUCUAGUGCUCUUUUUUUUUUUUUGCCCCUCCCAAGUUUGGCAUUUGGCAUCCAGAGGACGGAACUAAGCAAUGGGCUUUUCCAAGGAUCAGUUCCUCGCUCGCUUACAGGAGCUUAAAAUUGAGUUCUCCCAGUAUGAACAUCCUGUUGUCAUGACGGUUGAAGCUCAGGCAAAAUAUGUUGGAAAUACUGGCGGUGCACUGAGUAAAAACUUAUUUUUGAAGGACAAGAAAAAUAGAUUUUAUGUUGUUUCCGCUCUGGCAGAUACUAAAGUAGAUCUGAAAGUUCUAUCUCAAAGGCUUGGUUUGGGGAAAGGAGGUUUGAGAAUGGCUCCUGAAGAAGCAUUGGGUGAAAUACUUCAGGUACCUUUGGGUUGCGUUACUCCGUUUGCACUUAUUAAUGAUUCAGCAAGACAUGUCUCCCUGUUGUUGGAUCAAGGUUUUAAAGGCAAGGAGCACUGCUUAUUCCACCCACUGUCAAAUGACAUGACAAUAUCUCUUAAUGUCUGUGAGCUCGACAAAUUUCUAAGAUCAAUUGGCAGGAACUCCUCGUAUGUUGACCUGGAGGCUAAUCCUCCUGUAGGGAAAGAUAAUCCUCCUGAUCUAGCUGAUCUUGUUCCAUCUGAUUCUGUGGCUGUGCCAGAUCUCCUGGAAAAAGCAGCUUCAGUUCAAGGUCCUACAAAAGAUCAUGCUGUUUCAGUUAGUAAGUCCAUGGAAAUUACUGCAAAAGGUGCUGAGCCAUCCAGAAAAGUGAAAAAUGUGAAGGACAAACCUGUUGGUAGCAUGCAACCGUCCAACUCGUUCAAAGAUGUUGGGCAAUAUGUGGAAGAGAUACUGGAUAAAACAUCAGCACUAUUACUUUCAGAGAUAACCGAGGACACUAUUAAGCAACAUGGAGAACGGCUAGGAGCUGUUGUAUCAAAUUGUAUCAGAGAACGUCUUAGUGCUGAGUUGAAGGCGGAUACUAGGUCAUACCUGAACGCAGCAUACACAGAAGGGUUUGGUGUUGCUCGCAUGAUGUUCCAGAACACUGGUUCUCACAAUCAGUUCAGGUGCUUGUGAACUUCUAAAGAACAGAAUGCAAGGGGGAGUAAAGGUGAGCAAGGAAUUAAGUUGUUCAACUUUCCUUGCCAAACUUUCGAAUGUUAAAAUGCUAAUUGUUUUACAUUCAUAUAUACAUUGGAUAGAAUAUGUACUCGCUCAACUGAUUGCUAUCCAUGAUUAUUGAUAUCAAUCCGUCCAACUUGCUUUGGAUGUUUUGGAUUUUA